GGAGGGCCCCGCUCCCAGAAUGCACCUUGUAUCAACACAGCGGCGGUGGCUUCUUCCAGAAGCACCGGGCGUCUGGCGGAGCGGCGCGCGGUGCGAGAGCUGUCACGCGGAUCGGGGAGUUGAGGGGCAACUGCAGCCAUGGCGGAGUCGGCGCCUGCUCGGCACAGGAGAAAACGGCGCUCCACACCUUUAGCUUCUACACCACCUUCACAAACAACAGAAAAAAGUCCAUAUUUUCAGACCACAGAAGUCUCACUCUGGACAGUGGUGGCUGCUAUUCAGGCUGUGGAGAAGAAGAUGGAAUCCCAGGCUGCCCGGCUACAGAGCCUAGAGGGACGAGCAGGGACAGCUGAGAAGAAGCUGGCUGACUUUGAGAAGACAGCUGUGGAGUUUGGCAACCAGCUGGAGGGCAAGUGGACGGUGCUGGGGACCCUGCUGCAGGAGUACGGGCUGCUGCAGCGGCGGCUAGAAAAUGUGGAGAACCUACUGCGCAACAGGAACUUCUGGGUCCUGCGGCUGCCUCCUGGCAGCAAGGGCGAGGUCCCCAAGGUGUCUAGGUCCCUUGAGAAUGAUGGGGUCUGUUUCUCCGAGCAGGAGUGGGAGAACCUGGAGGACUGGCAGAAGGAGCUCUACAGAAAUGUCAUGGAGAGCAACUAUGAGACACUGGUCUCUCUGAAGGUGCUUGGCCAGCCAGAGGAAGAAACGGAAUUGGGUGCAGAGAUGCUGGGUGACUUGGAGGAAGAAGGUCCUCAUGGUACUCACUUGGCAGACGGGGCCAUGGUUAAGCAAGAGGUGCUAUACAAGCAGGAGGGCUCUGCAGGUCUUCCCAGCGUAUUCUCUGGUGCUACUGAACAGCAGGCUUUCUUGGGCCCAGAGCAGACUGUGCUCUGGGAUAGUCAGGGAGAUUCUGCGCUCUUGGAAUCAGGCCCCGGGGACUCUAACCUUGAGGAUCCCAUUGAGACCAGUAGAGACCCUGCCUCUGGUAGAACUCUGGACUGCCCCCGCAAACAGAGGUCCCACCGGCAAGUACAGUUGGGUCAGGAGUGUGGUCAGGGUCUGAAGGUGAAAAGGGACACCAACCCCUAUGAAUGUUCUGAGUGCCAGAUCAGCUUCCGCUAUAAACAGCAGCUGACUACACAUCUGCAGAGCCACUCUGGCUGGGAGUCCUACUCCACCUCAGAACCAGAGGAGAGCCUUAGGCCCAGGCCACGGCUGAAACCACAGGCCAAAAAGGUGAAGUUGCAUCAGUGUGAUGUGUGCCAGAGGAGCUUCAGCUGCAAGGUCAGCCUAGUGACACACCAGCGCUGCCACCCGCAGGAGGGCCCCAGCACCAGCCCACGUGUCCAGGAGAGGUUCUCACCUAACAGCCUAGUUGCCCUGCCAGGUCACAUCCCUUGGAAGAAAAGCCGGAGUUCUCUCAUCUGUGGGUACUGUGGCAAAAGCUUCAGCCACCCAUCUGACCUAGUGCGGCACCAGCGCAUCCACACAGGUGAGCGGCCCUACAGCUGCCCUGAGUGUGAGAAGAGCUUUGUCCAGAAGCAACACCUUCUGCAGCACCAGAAAAUCCACCAGCGGGAGCGGGGUGGGCUGCCUGCAGAGUCUGGAAGACCCAACGGGCUGCUUUAAGGAUGCCAGCCCCUCACCGUCCGGGGGCGGAGGGGGGUGGCAUCAGUUCCCCGAAGAGUCAUCACGCAAAGCCAGACUUCCUGAGGAGAGUUGCUUCUGAUUUGUGUCCCUUGGCCAAGUACCAGGCCAAACAAAGACUAAACUGAGAAACGUGUGGGAGAAGAGGGAUCUGGGGUCUGGCCGCUCCCUGCCAUUUUGACCUGGUUGUCCCAUCUUUCUGCUGCACUAGGGUUGACACACCACAGGUACUGGUGGUCAGCUCCAGGACCUGUCCUAGUAUUUUACUCAUGUCUUCCCAUGGUUGAAUUGGGCCACAGAGGUGAGCAAGUGUCUGGAAGAGUUCUGGGAAGUAUAACCCUCCACAUCCCCUUUUUUUGUAGUCUCUUUGUUAAUAACAAAUAGAAAUAAUUUAAAUGAACUGCUUAUCCUGCUCUGAAGACCCUUUUUUGAAGUUAGGUUCUUGUUGGUUUUUUAAAUAUAGCUCAAAACUUGUUUUUUAAAUUUCAAGAGUUGUAGUUGUUCCUAAGAUGGGAACUGGGCCUACCCUCUAGGAGGGAAUCGUUUAUGGGGCUCUUUUAGCCCACCCACACUUAAGUUAGGCCAGAGAGCUAAGACACACUGCUGGGUUCCCUUUCGUGGGGGUGCUGCAUGCGUGCGUGCUCUCAAAUGGGGCUAUUUGUCUCAGGAGGACCAAGAGGAAGAGGAGACCCCAAAGCCCCUGUUGAAAGUAAAGACUUAUUCAAAGAAGCCAAGAACUGGGUUCUGGGAGUGUGGGCUCUCACCACACCCUCUCUUUCUCCAGCCCCUGUCCUUGCUGUGGUUCUGUAGCCUGAGGGGGUGGAAGACUCCUCUUGUUACUUGAGGUCAUUCAGCUUAUGCUAGUAGCUAUUUGAUUUUGAUCCUAUUACAGCAGUCAUCAUUUGUUCAGAUUAGAUUUUUCUACUGUCUGUCCCAGAGAUGGAGAAAAAGCACAGAUGCCUGUCUCAGGAGUGCUGAGUUCCUGCCCCACUGUUAUUUGGGGAGGUGGGAGUGGGCUCCUUGGUCAUAUGUAAAUGUCCCUUCGGAUGAUUUACAGUUGCCUAGAAUAAAACUUGCUACUUGUGAAAAACAAAAACAAAAACAUACA